GGUGGGUUUCAUACAGAGAGUAUUAGUGCAUUCAAAACCGUCCGUUACGCGUAAUACUCGCUCAGAUUGAUCUCUGACUCAUCAGAGACUGAACGAGCGUACUUUACCGAGGCGGUUUCUGCGUUUGCCAGAUUUUCUGCUCGUUUUAUGGGGGAAGAACUGGACUUUCAGGAGUUUUAAUAUGUUGCAGCUUCUUUUGCAACACGAGCUGUCAGUCAGGACGUUAGGAGACCGCGCGCGCCGCGCAGCGUCACAGGCUGCUGCAGCUCUGUGGGGCAGUGGACUGAGAUGCAAAGCAUUGUGGGAACAGCACCAUCGGGAACCUGACCAGAGAAUACACAACCUACAAUUCCUUCUACCGAUAUUACCAACCAUCAUCUUAAGGCUGAGGAGCAAAGAAGUUCACAUUAGAUUUUGUGAGGGUUUUCAAGUUUGUGUUAAUGAAACUGUCUCAAUCCUGCAGUGAAGGUUGGAGUACGGUUUCAUUGAUAACCGCCCCUUAUGCAUGUUUCAUUGGCUGGGAGGAGAACAGAGCCAUCCUUUGUUAUCCAAUACGUUCAAUCCACCGUCUCAGCGCUGGCCGUAGGCCUCCUCUACCCUUCCUAACACAAUUACGUCUAUUUGUCCCACCUCCACCAUUAUUUUCAUUCAGACACUGACAGGUGUCCUUUAUAAGCCAGUUGUGUGGUUCCUACAAGAAGAAAGAGAUUAGUCAUCAAGCAAGCUUCUGCCUGGAACUCGGUUUUCAGAAGGAUUUUAAGUACGUUUUUGGUUUAUUUUCCCCUUUUAUUUUCACGUCUUCUACGGCCUCAGAAACGCUUAGCGAUCCUCCACUUCCACUUGAGUGUUUGACCCAGACGACUUGCCAGUUAGCCUCUCACCUUUCCUGGCACCUCGUUCUCGUACCAGGGUGAAGUUCAGUGUAUCAGCUUAACGGCGAUCACAGCGGCAGGGGUGGUGAGCUCGGAGCAUGACCGACACCCUGCGACCGCCGUCUUUCCAGGUACAUGUCCCCCGGGACGAGCCCAGUCACGGAGAGGAGGAUGAGGCCGGGAGCGGAGGCGGACACGACGGUCUCGUCUGGUCCAGCUCCUCCACCCCUACCCUGCGGCGCCGACGUUUAAAGAUGAGGCGCAUGAAAAAGUUGCCCAGCGAGCGGGAGAGGCUUGAGAACGGGCUCUUGCGGCACCCCAGCUCAUGCUCGGCUUCCAAAGAAUACCUUCAGCUUCCCUCCAUCGAGAUCACGCCGUCCAGCGACGAGGAUGCCGCCUGGUCCAACAGCUCCACCCCGAGUGCCUCGCCCCGCCGCAAACGCUUCCUGCUUCGCAAGUGGCUGAAGGUGCGAGAGAAGAAGAAGCAAGUCAGUGACAGCAGCAGUCAGCAGAGUAGCCAGCAAAGCAGCCAACAGAGUAGCCAUGACGACGAUUCAAGCCGCUUCCUGACUCCGUUCAUCCGUGAGGAGAGCACUGCCAGUAACUCUAACCGGAGUUCCCCUGCCUGCUCUCCGGUUCUGCGGAAGCGCUGUCGGUCUCCCACUCUGCAGAGCGUAGAGACAGAUAACAUGGUGGAAAAAGGCUCCGAGCAGUCCGACACCUCCAAAUCCCCCUCCACACCCGAACAGCUGGUCACACGCACCCUGUCUGGUCAAUCUACACGCAGCGGGGGCAAGAACUCCAAGAAAAGCCAGAGCUGGUACAAUCAUGAGAGACAGCACAUCCUCAGAGUACUCAGUCCCACGUAUAAGCAACGUAAUGAAGACUUCAGGAAGCUCUUUAAGCAGUUGCCAGACACAGAACGUCUUAUCGUGGACUACUCGUGCGCUCUUCAGCGGGACAUUCUCUUGCAGGGCCGUCUCUACCUCUCCGAAAACUGGAUCUGUUUUUACAGCAACAUCUUUCGCUGGGAGACGCUGCUCACAGUGCGGCUGAAAGACAUCUGCUCCAUGACGAAAGAGAAAACAGCGCGUCUCAUUCCUAAUGCCAUUCAGGUGUGCACAGACACUGAGAAGCACUUUUUCACAUCGUUUGGUGCGAGGGACAGAACGUACAUGAUGAUGUUCAGACUCUGGCAGAAUGCACUGCUGGAUAAGCCGCUCUGCCCUAAAGAGCUCUGGCACUUUGUACAUCAAUGCUAUGGCAAUGAGCUGGGACUCACCAGUGACGAUGAAGACUACGUACCCCCUGAUGAUGAUUUCAACACCAUGGGGUACUGUGAGGAGAUCCCAGCCGAAGAGAAUGAGGUCAUCAUUGAUAACUCAUCUAAGAGCAUCGGUGAGAACAAACUGGACAACAGUUCACCUUCUUCACACAAGAGAUCCAUCACCCACUCCACCAUCACCUCCACCACACCUCCUAGCAGCACUGACUCACCAUUGUCUUUUGACAUUGGAGCCGAGGAGUACACGGACUGCCUACCUGACAGCGAUCUGCUGCCUCUUCGUCUGCUGGCUGAUGAGAGGGACUCUGAGCCGGCUAGCCCUCUGGCUCCAGCGCCCUCGCCUUCCCUCGACUUCAAUGACAAUGAGGAUAUACCCACCGACCUUAGUGAUUCUUCAGUGACGGAUGAAGAUGAAGUUCAAGCUUUCCAUGAAGAUCUGAAUGGCCGCCAGUACAUUAAUGAAGUGUAUAAAUUCAGUGUUGAUAAACUGUAUGAUAUUCUCUUCACUGAGUCCCAGUUCAUGACUGACUUUAUGGAACAGAGGAGAUUCACAGAUGUUGUGCAUCACCCCUGGAAGAAGGAGGAGGCAGGAGACCAGACGAGGGAGAUCAUGUACACCAUCUCCCUGUCCAACCCACUGGCCCCUAAAACAGCUACUGUCACUGAAACUCAGACUCUGUAUAAGGCCAGUCAAGAGAGCGAGUGUUACAUCAUCGACGCAGAGGUCAUAACUCACGAUGUGCCGUAUCAUGACUACUUCUACACCAUGAACCGCUACAUGCUAACCCGCGUGGCCAAGAACAAGUGUCGGCUGAGGGUUUCAACAGAACUUAAAUACAAAAAACAACCUUGGGGUUUGGUGAAGAGUUUCAUUGAGAAGAACUUUUGGAGUGGGCUGAAUCAGAACUUUAAAAGCCUCGAGGUGGAGUUGGCAAAGAUGGAGGAUGCUCAGAUAGAGUCCCAAAGGCCGUCUCCUAGAGCUAAAGCGUUGAAAAACUCCAUCCUGAGGAGAAGAAAUAGACCCCUAACACAUCUCCGGUCGGCCCUUCUAGAUGAGACCCUCAGCCCUGUUACCACACCAACAGAUGAAGACGUCGUCCAACGCAUCAAACAUGUGGCAGGUUCCACCCAGACAAAACACAUUCCUGAGCACAAGUCAGGGGGUGGGGUCUUCUGCAACCUCUCCAAACCGUUACUCAUCAUCAGCUUUGUGAUCUGUGUAAGUCUCUUACUGCUGGUGUUUCUGAAUAUCAUGCUGUUCUAUAAACUCUGGAUGCUGGAGUAUUCUGCUCAGAGCCUCACCAGCUGGCAGGGCUUAUGCUUACAUGACAGUAAACUACCGCAGACUCAGGUGGAAUGGGCUCAGCUCCUGGAGUCCCAGCAGCGUUAUCACGACGCAGAGCUGCAGAAAUGGAAAGAGAUCAUCAAAUCAUCAGUACUGUUACUGGAUCAGAUGAAAGACUCCUUGCUGAGUCUUCAGAAGGGUGUGGGACUGCGGGACUACAGCUCUGAUACAGAAGAGAAGAGGAGUCGGUAUUACUGACAAUUACUCUCCCGGCCACCGGGGCGCGCUGUGCAAUGUAGAGCCACAUAUGUGAGUCUGUGUCUACAAAUGUGCGUAGUAGUCAACGACAGGCAAAAAAACAAAGGGCCCGUAUGUACGUGAAUGACUAUGCAUACCAAACAAAAGAAACACUUGACGGAGACAAGAGAAAGAGUCCAUUUACUGCCAUCGACCGUUCAAAACGGACAUUCAACGGACCUCUGUACCUGUGGAGUUGUGGGAAGGAAUGGUUUUUCAUUCAGAUUCUCAUUCUGAGGAUGUGUAACGUGUGAUGUGGUCAGAGGAACAGAAUGAAAUGGAUAUUUAAAAAAAUGAGGAGCAUGCUCUUGAAAUGUAAACCCCCUUAGUGCACUCCCUUAUUAUGAAGUGGUUUUAAUUUCAUUGUUUUUUACAAAGAACGAGGAAAAGAAAACAUUGUAUUUUAGGGCUUGAAUCUCCUGGUUUGACAAGCCGCAGUGUCCCUUUUUCACAGCGUGCGAGAUUAUGAGGACAUUAUAACAUCUAGCUCAAUGAUGGUGUAUCAAGGCUGGUUUCCUUGAUAAUGUUGAGCUAGAAGGUCUCAUGUCGCAAUUCACAAAAGAUCAAGUUUUCUAAUAUUGGUAUAGGCAGACCAACAUCGAAAACUAUUUUGGCUGUAAGAGAAAUUAGGCGGAUACCUGCCUCAAAAUCCAUGCAGAAAAUGUGAAACACAAAAUGUGACGUCUUGACUCUAAAAGUGCGCUUACAACAUUUGCAAAAAAGGCCACUGACGUAACCACGAACCUUUGGUUUAUGGUUAAAUGCACAUUAUUUAGUGCUGUGACAGAAUUGCACUAUGACAGGCCAGUAAAUGUAAAAAGGGACACCGCAGCCAGGAGUCGGAUGAAUUUACUAAACUGUGAGAUCUUCUGAUUUGAAGAUGUAGAAAAUUCUAUGAAUAUGUUUCAAAUAUACUUUAUUCAAAAUGUAAUAUAUAUUUCAAUAGAGAGAGAGAGAUCAUUGCAGAUAUUUAUUGUUAAUUUAUGUACAUAGGACACUUAUCAAAGCUCUAGACAGGCUAAAGAGGUUAUAUUGAUUAAACUGCGUUUUCUUCAUCAACACGCACAAGCACGUUUGACACGUGACUGUGUGCAUGCGCACGCAUGCGUGUGCGUAUUGUAAGCAUAUACACAAGUGAUGUCUAUUUUGGUGAAUGUAUGUGUACAAGUGUGUUCGUGAAAAGUUUUAAAUCAUUCCACUUUGUACGUCUUGUGUCUUCCUACUGGCACACGAAGCCAAACUGCCUUUUCUUCUUGCCCGGUAGCUCAGUCCAUCGGGCGUCUGUUUACACAUCUGCCUGGCUUCAGAAAGCUGAGCGGUCAAAAUUUGGCGGAUUUGUUUUGAACAUCUUAAGCUCACACACGUUUCCUGCGGUGGCACCCUUUUUUCUUUGAGGUGAGCGACGUUGCACUGCAGGAAACAGCACAUGAAAGCCCAUUUCUGUCAUCUGUUAAACCUAAUCUAGGGAGAGCGACGUUAGAGAUGAGACGUGGUGAUUAUACUCUAUGUUUUUUCUUUUUUUAUAGAGCCAAAGUGCUCUAGCCUAAACCAAAUAUAGUAUUUAUAGAAGGUAAAAUUAUUUAUAUAUGAAAUGCAAUUGUUCCCUUUUUAUGCAGAUUGGGGUCAAUGUAAGUAAGACGUGAAGAGAGGCGGCACUUUAUGUCCGAACAUUUUACGACAAAAAGCCUAAUAUGAGUAUGUUUACUGGCACAUUGCCGGUCGGACAUGAUAUUACACUCCAGCUAAAGUAUGCUGUUGUAUUGAUGAAUGUAUGUGAGAAAGGUAUUUUGUCAUGAAUUAUAAAUCACUUGAGAAUCAGGAUCUUUAGUGUUUCUUUCUUCACUCUUCAGUGAAGCAGGUAUUUUAUUCCAGAGCUGACAUUUCUUGCAGUUGAGCUACUGAGAUACAGGUCUGACUUUCUCUCGCUUGAUCCAUCUCUGUAUUAAUAUCUUCUCAUUUAUGAAUCAUAACAGUAGGAUAAGUUGACCGUUUUUUUUGCAUUAGAUUGCGUAUUCUGCAACAUGGUUUUGAUUUUAUUUCAGUGUUUAGAUGAGGAUGUAGAUCGACUGCUUGCUAAAGGUUUGGAAAUGAAGAAUACUACUGUAAUUUUAAAAAGCAAAUGAAAUCACUGUUACAAUCAUAUUCACUGUACUGUGUGUACAUGAAUACCUCAUGUGAAAUUAUUUUUAAUACAUUUGUAUGAUUUUU